AUGGCAUCAAAAACUUUAUCAUUUGUUCGUGAAUUGAAUGUAACAAGCGCCACAGAAAGUAAAGUGUCACUAGAAUUACAAGUACAAAAAGAGCAUCUUAAUAAGGCAACAGGUUUACAUGGUGGACUGAUUGCCACGUUAAUAGACAUUGGAGGGUCGUUAGCGAUAGCGUCUAAAGGUAUUUACAACACAGGUGUGAGCACAGAUAUCAACGUUAGUUUUAUAAAUGCGGCAAAAUUGAAUGAUGUUUUGACGAUUGAAGGAAAAUGCGAAAAAUUAGGAAAGAAUCUCGCGUUCACAUCAGUCGAUAUACAUAAUAAAGAAACCGGUAAGAUAAUUGCACAAGGUCGACAUACUAAAUACAUUGCGGCCGCACAUUUAGACCCAAAAAAUAUAGCAAACUUGAAAUUAUGA